AUGACCACAAACAUCAAGAUGCAUCUCCCCAAGCUUCCACCCAAGGCAGCGUACCUUCUCAUCGACAACCCAGCCCGCCGCAAUGCCCUCAGCCUGGCAACGCUGCAAUCCCUCCACUCUCAAUUGACGGCGCAUCUCACCCCGCCCAAGACAAGCCAACCACUCUCCCUACCGCCCUUCCAACCCUCCUUUCUCAAAACCCUCCAAACCGCCGCGGACAAGGACUCUGACCAUCCACACAGCUGGCUCGUCCGCACCGCAGACUGGAACAGCAGCAGCCUCCCGUCGGUCAUGGUGCUCCGGCCCUCCACGGCCGGCAAGGUGUUCAGCUCAGGGCACGACCUGGGCGAGCUGGCGUCGCUGGGUCCAGCCGAGGUCGACAAGACAUUCUCGCUCUGCGCGGAGCUCAUGACCCUUCUCCGCCACAGCCCCGUCCCCAUCGUCGCCGCCGUCGACGGCCUCGCCACCGCCGCCGGCUGCCAGCUUGCCCUUGCUGCCGACGUGACCAUCGCCUCAGCCCGCUCCGCCUUCCAGCUCCCCGGCGCCGCCCUGGGCCUGCCCUGCACGUCGCCCGCCGUCGCCCUCGCCCGCCGCCUGCCGCCGGGCCUCGUGCAGCGCAUGCUGUACACGGGCGAGGCCGUCUCCGCCGCGGAGCUGGCCAGCGUCGGCGCCGUCGAGGUCGUGCCGGGCGAGGACGGGGCGGCGUUCGAAGACCGCCUGGCGUCCGUCGUGGAUAGCAUGGCGGCGCAGGCGGCCCAGCCCAGGGCGCUGGCCAAGUGGGCGUACUGGACGCAGGUCGGCAUGCGCGAGAAGGGGGACGGGCUCGAGGACGCGCUGCGGUGGGCCGGGGAGGUCAUGGCGCUGCACGCCAGGGGAGGCGAUGCGAGGGAGGGCAUGGCGGCGUUCCUGGAGAAGAGGAAGCCGGUCUGGAAGACAUAG